AUGUCGGAUAUUCAGCAUACUACCAACCAAUCCUGCGUGCUCUAUCCCCAGAGUACAUUCCGCUACGAAACCCGUGACAUCCCAACACUCAAGUCAGACCGCGAUGUGAUCGUCCGAGUGGUUGCAACCGGUCUCUGUGGCUCUGAUGUCCACUACUGGCACAACGGCCAACUCGGCCGCUACGUCGUCACCGGGCCCCUCCUCCUCGGCCACGAAUCCUCCGGCAUAAUCGCCUCCCUUGGGCCCAAGGCUGAAGCAGAGGGCCUCGCAGUCGGCGACCGCAUCGCCGUCGAGCCCGGCGUCGCCUGCAACACAUGCCCCCCCUGCCGCGCGGGACGAUACAACCUCUGCCACAACAUGGUCUUCGCCGCGACCCCGCCUGUCGACGGCACGCUUUGCAUGUACUACCGUGUGCCUGCUGAAAACUGCUUCAAAUUACCGCCGCAUAUCUCGCUGAGGGACGGGGCGUUGGUCGAGCCGCUUGGUGUUGCGGUGCAUGGGUGUCGGCUUGGUGGGGAUAUGCAGAAUAAGGCGGUUGUUGUGUUUGGGGCGGGGCCUGUGGGGUUGCUUUGUGUUGCUGUUGCAAGGGCGUUUGGGGCGAGUACGGUUGUUGUGGUUGAUAUUGUGAUGAGUCGGUUAGAGAGUGCGCUGAAGUAUGGGGCUACGCAUAUGUAUCAGAUGGGGGCGGGUUCGCCAGAGGAGAAUGCGGAGGCUCUUUUGAAGAGUGCUGGGUUGGAGCAUGGUGCGAAUGUGGUUCUUGAUGCUACGGGUGCGGAGCCGUGUGUGAACACUGGUGUGCAUGCGGUUGCGCCUGGGGGGACGUUCGUGCAGGUGGGACUGGGGAAGUCGAACCUUUCCAUUCCUGUUGGCCAGAUCUGUGACAAAGAGGUUGUGUUCAAGGGUUGCUUCCGGUAUGGACCUGGGGACUUUAAGUUGGCAGUUGGGUUGUUGAACUCGAGGCGGAUUAACCUGGAUGGUAUCGUCACGCAUGAGUAUCCGUUUUCGCAGGUCGAGGAUGCGUUCAAGAACGUCCUUGGUCGGGCUGGUAUCAAGACUGUGAUUUAUGGUCCGGAGGUUGAUGAGAAUAUGGCGAAAACAGCAGCCUAA